AGGACGCGCCGUCCAUCACCAUGAAGCUCGUCGACCACGUGGUGAGGAGCUUCAAGGUGGCCAAGGUAUUCCGCGAGAACUCUGAUCGAAUAAACAGCAUCGACUUCUCGCCCAACGGGGACACCCUGAUCUCCUGCUCGGAGGACGACCAGAUCGUCAUAUACGACUGCGAGAAGGGCACGCAGGUGCGAACGGUGAAUUCCAAGAAGUACGGUGUCGACCUGAUUCAUUUCACUCAUGCGAAGAACACGGCGAUACACAGCAGCACCAAGGUCGACGACACGAUCCGUUACCUCAGUCUACACGACAACAAGUAUAUACGAUAUUUCCCCGGUCACACGAAAAAGGUAGUAUCGUUAUGUAUUAGUCCUAUCGAGGACACCUUCCUCUCUGGUUCCUUAGACAAAUCCUUAAGACUAUGGGACUUGCGCUCGCCAAACUGUCACGGAGUCAUGAAUGUCUCAGGACGACCAGUGGCGGCUUACGAUCCGGAAGGUUUGAUCUUUGCAGCCGGGGUCAAUUCCGAGAGCAUCAAGCUGUACGAUCUGCGUAGCUUCGACAAGGGGCCGUUUGUCACCUUUAAGCUUUCCCAGGAGAAGGAGUGCGAUUGGACGGGAUUGAAGUUCAGUAGGGAUGGCAAGACCAUCCUCAUCUCUACUAACGGUAGUACGAUUCGUUUAAUUGACGCCUUUCAUGGUACACCCUUACAGACUUUCGCCGGAUACCUGAACAAUAAAGGGAUCGCCAUAGAGGCCAGUUUUAGUCCAGAUUCCCAAUUCGUGUUCAGUGGAUCCACAGAUGGUAGGGUGCACGUAUGGAACGCGGAGACCGGUUACAAAGUUUGCGUGCUGAACGGUGACCAUCCAGCACCAGUGCAGUGUAUCCAGUUCAAUCCCAAGUACAUGAUGCUGGCGUCGGCGUGCACCAACAUGGCCUUCUGGCUGCCCACCAUCGACGAAAGCGCAUAAGACUAAUUUUAUGCGCGGUGAGAGCGUUGUCCAUAAUUCGCACGAAGGGUGCGAGAAAGACGGCUGUGAGUAACAGCUGAUCGGAGGAAGCAGAGGAGGUGUACAACUUGGUCGAGCAAAUAUAUUUACAUUGCAUUUACAUUGUGUACAAAAAUGGAACAGCUGUCGUACUGGCACACCGAUUCCGGAACGUAUCAGAGGGAUUUGCGAAGAAAUUUCGAACAACUGGAUCAUUGCUCGUUCGCGCUUCAAGAAGAGCACCUUUUUCAACUGUGUGUCAUCGUUUCGGCAUAACACUACUUCUCUCCAAGACUAACGCAAUACGGGAAGAUUGCUGAUUUCACGUCUUACAACGUUUUCACUAAACGUAUUCCAAUAUGUCUCAUAUACGUAGCUUCUUCCUGUGUACCUGUGUGUAAUUUAACAAUGCGUGGCACAAUGUAGUCUUAGCACAAUUUUCAAGAUAAAACUUUUUAAAGUCAAUGUUACUUUUAAUAGAGCAUUGCUCUCAUCGCAGAUGUAGUCUUCACACAAUUAGCAUGGCAAAAAUUCAUUCCAAGAUCUUCUCGAACACAUUCGGGCAAGAUGAUUUGAAUGCAAAAUCAUUUUAGAAUGAAUUUUUGCCAUGCUAAUUGUGUGAAGAUUACAUCUGCGAUGAGAGCGAUGCUCUGUUAAAAGUAACAUUGACUUUAAAAAGUUUUAUCUUGAAAAUUCUAUGCUGAAGAAUCAGAAAACUUUUCAAGAAAAACAAGAUGCACAUUUAAUCUUUUUUGUCUUGUACGAUUAAAUACAUUGUAUUUUGACGAAAUUAGUUUAUAUAAUCGAUAAUCCGUUUUCGGCUUAUAAUUUGAUACAAUCGUACGUUGCAUCAUCAUUAUACGUCUAACAUUUCACGAUUUUCUUUAAAUCAGCUUUGCGUAUCGUCUCAGAAGUCAGGAUAAAUUUAAUUAAGAAAUCUACGUACGUAGAAGAUACGUAUGCGAGCAAACUCCGAAUAGUUUCGUUCAAUCGAUACUUCGAGAAGUAACCAAUUAGCGGCGAAGACUUGUUUCAUUAUAAUUAAUUUACAUGGUCGUAUAUUGAAUGAAUUCUUCAAGUUAACUAGAAAACCAUUGCGUAAUGAGAGAUCAGGAUGGAAACAUUUAGCGUUGAUAUAUGUAGGUAGUUUUAAAUAACGUAUCGGAUAGUAUUACACUUUGUUGCAGAGUCUAAAGACUUGGAAUCAUACGUCCUGCAACAAAGUGUAAUACUAUCUGAUACGUUAUUUAGAACCACCUACGUAUAUCAACGCUAAAUGUUUCAGACGUAUGUAUCUAGUCUUAAAUGUAGCGCAUAAAAUGUCAUCAUCUUUUAGAGCUCAUGUAAAUGCGGAAUGUUUUCGAAGGAUAUUCGGCGUCCACACUCUCUCUUCUUCCUGUAUGCGGCCAUGCUUAAACCAUUGUACGUAGACUGUCGGAAAUGCACACACAGGCACGCAGCGAAGACGAGCCGAGAAAGCAUAUUUGUACAUCUGUCCUGGCGUACGAUAAUCAAAAGCGACGAGAAGAAUAGAAUAAUCGCUAUGAAAAACAAAUCAGAUGCAUUUUAGUAUGUUUCUACCUGUAGAUGUUGAUCGGUGGACGGUGAUCUUGAUUAUCCUCGUCGUGUCGUCGCUAUCGAAGGUGUACCAGAUAUGCGUCGGUGCAAGAAAAAAAAAAAAAUAAGAGCGAUCGAGCUUAUUUAUAACGCGUAAUAUAAAUCUGUUUAUAUCUCAUUGGCGCGACUCCUCGAUCGGCGAUAAAGGAAAAAAAAAGGUCGGACGUUUUUUACGGACCUCCGCGCGAUAAAGCGUUGCGUCACUCGCGAUGCGUAUCCGCCGUGGACAUAAUGUAAUUGUCGGCAAACAAACUCUCGCGUUCACCAUACGUCUGUCGUAGAAUCGGUAUCGUUUUUAAUCUACAUGCGUGGAACCGGCGGGCCGGAUAGGAAACAUAUUCGAUAUUUGGUAGGAAGCGCGGUUUUUCUUUUAAAUUUUUAUUUAAUUAUAUCUCACGAUCUUAAUCCAGUACUACUUGACGUUUGUACGCGACGUGGUAUCCUGCUUCCGCAAAGCGAAUGAGAAUGCAGAGCGGACGAAUAGGCGAGUUUUGUUUGUUCAGUCACAUUAAGAAAGAAAAAGAAACCGCUACACGGCCAAGCAAAAGUGUUACAAAUUGUUCGAAACAAAUCUGUUACGUUGAGCUAUUUUGUUGGAUAGACAGUUGGAUAUUCGGUGCCUCCAUUUUUUUUAACGGAAAUUUCUAACUUUCCGCAUUUCCCCUUCGUUGGUGAUGUCGCGAUCCAUUGCUCGAUCUAUUCGAUCGCCCGCUCCUGUCUCAAUUCUUUCGUGUAUGUACAUAUGGUAGUAUCCAUUAUUUUCUGUAGAGUUUCUAGACGUCUCCGUUGAACGUAUUUUGUGCAAGAGCGUACGAUUUAUGAUAUUUUAUUUGAUAAUGUAUGUAUGUGUGUAUCUGCGAACGAGCGAGCGAGCGAGCGAGCGAGCGAGCGAUUACGGUAGCAUUCUACGCGGAUGAUUAUAUAUGUUUGUAUACGUAUAUUCGUGCGUGUCCCUUACGAUGUCUAUCUGUAUGAACGAUUUGUAUGGACGAGAGCCUGCCUCCUGCGCUGUAAAAUAGUAUUUUUUAUAACGGCGACACAGUGUGCGUAAAAACAAUUACUUUGAUAGGGCGUAUAUUUGCGAAUUCGCGCGAGUUGAACUCUCGCAUGACACUUUUGUGAAGAGGAAACUAUUAGAAAGAGGAGCGUACAAAGGACUUCGACCCUUUAGCUGCAUAGUUUCGACCAACCGAGUUUUAAGCCCUGAGUGUUCACGCUACGAGUGUUUAAUAAAUUCAGGAUUGAUUUCUCACGUGAUGUUUAUAAAAAGAUUCGUCUUAUGAGUAACUUUACCUGCCUCUAUUUAUAAUUUUCUAUAUAUAUAUAGAAUAUAUUAUGUAUUUAAUGUAUAUCAAAAAAAAAAAAGAUGUGUAUACUAAAAAGUACAAAUAUUUAUUAUGUAAUUUAAAGCAAGGCAUGUUUUUUGUAACGCGAACACUCGCGAGUUAAUAACUAAUGUACGAGUGUGCAAAGCGUUCGCAUUGAAAUUAUAAUUUCUAAUUAUCGGCUAUUCACGUGACACGAAUUGGUCCUUCGACGAAUUACUUAAAUGAAUAUUACGGCGUCAGAAUAAAAAAUAUAUCGCAUCGUUAUAUCUUUUAUCCACUUGUAUGUCUUGUGUGCGGCCGCUGCGCGGCGAAAGGGUUGAAGAUCAAUCAUCUCGAACGAUCCACGUAUUUAGAUUAAACACAAUUUGACGCACGUCAUACUGCCAGCCAACCGAGCGAGUGUCCAGCCAACGGGCCCGCGCCUUCAAUUCCGUUCGAUUUCAAACUUUUGAAAGCCCUUAAAAUCGAGCGAUCGACUGUAAUAUUGCCACGACGACUAUUACUAUUGCUACUACACUAAGUGUAGAAAUUAAACCGUGGAUUUCAAGUUUUACUCGAUCAGCGAAUGGACCAGGUAGUGAUCAAUCGACAACCUACGACGAAGUGUAAUCGUUAAUCUAGCAGAAACACAAAACACUGUGUUCCCUUCUUCGGGAUAAGAGAAACGGACACGUAUGGCAAAUUAUAUAUCCUGUAUAUAUCCUGACAAGUCACGGUAAUUAGAACUUGCAAGAAAAGAGAAACGAAAGUAGACGAAAGUUGCUUCGAUGGCGAUCGAAUUCACUAAUGAUCGCGUCUCGCCCGAACGCGUUCUUUUGCUGCACGGGAGAAAAAAAAAAGGAAGAGUCGGCCAGGGGCGUAAGCGUUCUCUCGUUUCGUACAAGUUGCAAAAGAAGGUCGUGUCAACUAAAGAGACGUGAAGCACCUCAUGUAUAUACACUGAAAGCCGAAAAGCUUUCAAUAGUUCUUACACAGUUAUGUUCGCCGAGUAAGUUCGCGAUGAAUCACAAGGUGAUCGAGUUGAAUGGAUGCAGGAUGUGACUCGCGUGAUACAUACGUUGUCGUUGUGUAAAAUAGUAUAUCGUGUUCCAUAAACGAUAGCUUGCUUCGAAAUCUGGCGAGUAUUAUGCGCCAGAGUUGUAAGUUUAGUAAAAUUCCAACGUGAUUACGCCCCUCCGAUUACAAUCGUCGAUUCAUACGGCCAUUUAACAUAGGGAUUUAGAGAGCGAGUUUCAUUUAAAAAAAGUAUACAGGGUGUCCCGCGCUAACCGCGAUGGCACACUUUUCAGAUCAUUUUGAAGUGCCAAAAUGUUGAGACUACAAUAGUUCUUAAAUGAGAAGCACUUAAAGUUGAUCAAUCCAGUUGCUCCGAAUUCGCGCGCACUCAGGUACGAUAAAGAAAAAAAAAAAAAAAAA